AAGUCCAGCAGAGAGUAACGAUCUCUACUUCCAUUUAUCUUUUCCCGCCCUUUUCCGCUCAUUCCAUUUUAUUCGUUAAGCACAGCACAGGUGGUGAAGAAACAAGACGAAGUAUGAAAGGGGAAAGUCCAGCAGAGAAAACUCUAAUCCUCCUCCGAACCAGAUUCUGUAACCCUACUUACAUCCUCAAACAUUUCUCUGAUUCACCGGACAGCAACUACAGCAAAUUAAAGUUCACUUUAUCUAAUUCCAUCACCGAGGCCUGCAACAACUCAAUCCUACUUCUUGGUCCUCGUGGAUGUGGAAAAAACGCUGUGUUGGAGCUUGUUCUCAGCGAUCUACAAGUCGAACAUCCCGAUCUGAUAUCAGUGAUAAGAUUGAACGGGCUACUUCACAGUGAUGACAAUUGUGCACUGAAGGUCAGUCUGACAACUUUCAGUCUGACAACAUCAUUUAUUCUUCAACCUUUUUUUAUUUUUAAUUG